AUGGCCAAAUGCAGCCGCGACCCUUGUAAAUGUCGUUACUCGCCGUACAAGACGCUCCGCCGGGUGGACGACGGCGACGACGAGCAGGGCGGCUUGGUCGAUAUGAUGGCCAAGUGUAGCGAGGAGAGGUUCGAAGAUCUGCGGAGAGAGGGUGGGGCGUGGAUGAGUGGUGAAACGAUCCAGGUCCGGCCCGAGGAGCCCACUGUACUGAAGAACAGCCGGACCAUGAAGCUCGUCAUUGGUCCACUGGAUGUUGUCAUCAUCGUUGCUGCGAAGACUGAGACGUGUAGUGUCCAAUUGCCGUUAAUCGGCGUCGUCAUCACCGUCUCCAUCCGCAUCGUUGUCCUCUUGCCCAUCGCAUGCAUCGAGGCUGUACUUCGUCGGUCGCUCAGGUUUCUGGGUGAGGUCGUCUAUAUAGUGGAGACGGGAAGGGGUUGGAACGACGGCGUCACCUUCGUAGGUGGGUUCAUACAGUACGCCACGGCUAUCUGUGUCAUCCAAGACAGCCGCAGGUCUCUUUCUUGUCCGCGGAGGCAGAGGCGGCAGCCUUCCGAGUGCCCGCCACGCGUAACGCUUGCAACUCUCGUGGCCUGUGCCGAUUAUGAAGAACCGCGUGCCUUCAUAAUCCUGAACAAGGUGCUCAAGUGCCCUGCCUCGGAGGAUGGUGCAGGUGCCCGGUGUGUACUUCAGCUUCAAUCCUAG